CUUCAGCCCUUCGCGCUGCGCUUGCUGCCUCACAUUCUGUAGUACUUGUUUGUUAUUAGAGCUGUUUGUAGGACUAGCGGACCAGCUGUCGAGCGGCCGAAGCACAUCCUUCCGACAAUCAACUUUGUCGUGUCCGUUUGCCAAGGACCAAGAUGGCCCCUCAGACCAGCCCCAUGGUGUCCGCUGCCCUGGCGACCAUGCAGCCCAAGCAGGAGCAGCAGCCCGCCGUUCCCGCCCUCAGCUCGGCGCUGAACACCGGCAUUCUGGGCAAGAUGGUCGCCGCUUCGGCUACUGAGGUUGCUCCUCGCAAGAUUGAGCUCUAUAGCAGCGAGUACUACUGGACCUGCGCUCUGGGUGGCGUUGCCAGCUGCGGUCUUACGCACAUGGGCGUGACCCCUCUGGAUGUCGUCAAGUGCAACAUUCAGACCAACCCCGCCAAGUACAAGGGCAUUUCGACCGGCUUCCGUGUGCUGGUGGCGGAGCAGGGCGCUGCUGGUCUGUUCAAGGGCUGGGUGCCCACGCUGCUGGGCUACUCCGCCCAGGGUGCCUGCAAGUUUGGCCUCUACGAGUACUUCAAGAAGACCUACGCUGACAUGGCCGGCGAGGAGGUGGCCAAGAAGUACCAGAGCGCCAUCUUCCUGGCGGGCUCGGCCUCUGCUGAGUUCUUUGCCGACAUUGCCCUGUGCCCCUUCGAGGCCGUCAAGGUCAAGGUGCAGACUGUGCCCGGCUUCGCCAAGGGCCUGUCUGACGGCCUGCCCAAGUUCGUGGCGCAGGAGGGCUGGGGCGGCCUGUUCAAGGGCAUCAAGCCUCUGUGGGGCCGCCAGAUCCCCUACACCAUGAUGAAGUUCGGCGCCUUCGAGAACACGGUGCAGGCCAUCUACAAGUACGCCAUGCCCAAGCCCAAGAGCGAGUGCUCCAAGGGCGAGCAGCUGGGCGUGUCGUUCGCGGCCGGCUACAUUGCUGGUGUGUUCUGCGCCGUGGUGUCGCACCCCGCCGACAACCUGGUGUCCAAGCUGAACGCGCAGAAGGGCGCCACCGUCGGUGACAUCGUCAAGGAGAUGGGCUGGUACGCGCUGUUCACCCGCGGCCUGGGCCUGCGCAUUAUCAUGAUCGGUACCCUGACCGGGCUACAGUGGGGCAUCUACGAUGCCUUCAAGGUGUCCAUGGGCCUGCCCACCACCGGCUCCGUCGAGGAGAAGAAGAAGUAAGCGCCUGCUGCCGGCAUGGAGCGGCCGCAGUUCAUGGGCCUGGGCGUGGAGCAGGGGCAUGAGUAGGAGGCGGCUGCGAGUGCAGGGAGAGGCGGUGCGAACUGCGGGCGGGCGUAGCGUCUGCACGCGUGUUCGCGCUAUUUACUAUGGGGGGGGGUAGGGAGGGGUUCGGCAUAGCCGACAGCUUAGGUGUGAUAACCUCGACGGACCUACAGUGUGCGCGGGAGCGUGUGUGCGCCCCGGCGGCUCGGCGUGUGCCGGCGACGGGAGGCAGGGAGGUGGACUCAAGACCAGCAUCACUGACGCUUGCGCCUUGAGCCCCAGAGCUUGACUGCUGCUGCCCUAAAGAGGGUGGCGGCUGUGUGCAUCUACAAGUAUUCUUUUGUCUACUGAAUUAUGAAUGAUGGUAUCGUGUCGGGCGCAAAGUUUGUCGAUGUAUUCGAGUAGUGUGUAGAGGAGUUUGCAGCUUAACAACACAACAUAAAGGAGUCCCCUAUCCUCGGCGCUUAAGUGGUUGAGUGGACGGAACAUGAGGCGGUAACGGCACGUGCGCAUGCGAUGCUUUGGUUGUAAGGAGGAUGGUGC